AUGACCGAGUACAAGUUAGUUGUUGUUGGAGCUGGCGGAGUUGGUAAAAGUGCCCUUACUAUCCAACUUAUUCAGAAUCAUUUUGUUGAGGAAUAUGACCCAACGAUAGAGGACUCUUACAGAAAACAGGUGGUGAUUGAUGGGGAGAUAUGCUUGUUGGAUAUCUUAGAUACUGCUGGGCAAGAGGAAUACAGUGCUAUGAGAGAUCAGUAUAUGCGUACUGGGGAAGGAUUCUUAUGCGUUUUUGCCGUAAAUAAUCUGAAGAGUUACGAGGAUAUAAAUCAGUAUCGAGAACAGAUUAAAAGAGUUAAAGAUGCUGACGAAGUCCCUAUGGUCCUUGUUGGGAACAAAGUUGAUCUCACCAAUCGAAGUGUUUGUACGAGAGAAGCAAAAGCGUCAGCCGACUCGUAUCGUAUCCCAUAUUUUGAGACCUCCGCCAAGACCAGACAGGGUGUCGAAGAUGCGUUUUAUGAACUUGUUCGGGAGAUAAGAAAAUAUAAAGAGAAAAAGGGAAAAGAUCGUAAAAAGCGCAAACGAAAAUGCUGCAUUCAAUAA